AUGCGGCGCGGUGGGCGCUGCGGGCGGGGGGGCGCCCCGUGGGGAUCACGCCCCUCCCCGCGAGGCACCUUCAACUUCAUCGCCGACGUGGCCGAGAAGACCGCCCCCGCCCUCGUCUACGUGGAGAUCCUGGGCAGGCAUCCCUUCUCGGGGCGGGAGCUGCCCAUCUCCAACGGCUCUGGCUUUGUGGUGUCUGCAGAUGGCCUCAUUGUGACCAACGCUCACGUCGUGGCCAACCGCAGGCGGGUGAGGGUGAGGCUGGCCAGUGGGGAGCUCUACAACGCUGUCGUGCGGCAGGUCGACCAGGUCGCUGACAUCGCCACCAUCAAGAUCGACCCCAAGGUGCCAGGGGCACCCUUACCCACCUUGCCCUUGGGCCGCUCUUCCGAGGUGCGCCAGGGGGAGUUUGUGGUGGCCAUGGGCAGUCCUUUUGCCCUCCAGAACACCGUUACGUCUGGCAUCGUCAGCUCAGUCCAGCGAGGAGGGCGGGAACUAGGCCUGGCCGCCUCGGACAUGGAGUACAUCCAGACAGAUGCUGCCAUCGACUUUGGGAACUCUGGUGGCCCUCUGGUCAACCUGGAUGGCGAGGUGAUUGGCGUCAAC